AUGUUCUUGGUUGGGACGGUGAUUGCAAUGGGAAGCUACACGGUGUUUAUAGGGUCGUGUAGCAAGGCGUUGAAGGAGAAGGUUCCUAGGAUCACAAAGAAACUAACGUGGGCGUCUUCUCUUGUGGCCAUUGGACUUGGCUGCGUAACGUCGGUUGAAGUGAUUAUGGUUAUUCUCUUGACCAUACCUUUACCUAACUUUCUCCGCAAGGGAUUGAUCUCCGUCGCACGUUGUCUCUUGAAACCGUUUAUCACGAUUACUCCUUUCUGUUUCUUCCUCCUUAUGGAUAUCUACUGGAAGUACGAGACUCGACCUUCCUGCGACGUCGUCGACGAUUCAUGUACUCUUCUCGAGCACCUCCGUCACCAGAAAUCUAACGUGACAUCUCAGCGUAACGGUCUGCUCGUGGCGUCGGCUCUCGUUUUCUACUGGCUUCUUUACUCCGUCACAAAGAUCGUCGACAGGAACAACCAGCUUAACCAGAUGGUCGAGAGGCUCAAGAGCAAGGAUCAGUCCAGCUUCUCCGUGUCUCCUUUUGUGUUUGUUUCUAAUUGUGUUGUUAAGUUUUUGGUGUUUGUUUUCUUCAUUUCUGUGUGUUUCUCUUCUCUCUACUCUUUGUAUUUAUCUGGAGAUUAA